UUCAGGAACCACCGUCUGACCUUUGGCUUGCUAUUUGAGACUGUUCUAGCUGCAUUUUUGUGCUACUGCCCAGGCCUGGACAAAGGUCUUCGUAUGCAACCUCUCAGGUACUGA